AUGGCACACGCGCAGUAUCACAAUGCGAAUGGCCCCAGAAAUGGAGCCGGCGUUGCUCAUGAUCCAGCUUCCCUCCAGUCCAUCUCACGCCCACUCACCUUGCAGGAGUCCUUGCCCUUCUCUCCUCAGACAUCAACCGUUCCUUUCCUCCCAGAUAUCAUACCGAACCCGAGCCUCGGGUCCGGCUCGCCGGCCAUGACCAUCACCGAUCUAUUCCCCCGAGACGAGUUCGACAAGUUGAACAGCGAGUCUGCCAACCAGCCGCAAGGGUCUCGCGUGUUGAAGCAGACAACCGACUAUGUGUUGCACAAUUUGAAGCCUUCACAACGGACACACUACAAGUUUCCCACGGUGCCCGCCGCAGCUUCCACCGCCGGCGCCGGCAACAGUCUUGCGCAAGGCCUCUCGCCGUUGACUAAAAGCGUAUAUGAUAGAGUGGGAAGUUUCUUCAAGUCGACAAAGUCCAACACGUCCACCCCCAAGCUCUCGAAUGGCGACCCACCCUUGCCUGCAAAGGUCACGGGAGAUGAUGCCUCAUCAAGAUCCAGCCUCCCGCCGCAACCGCACGACGGUCUCCCGGAAGCCCACGCUUCACAAAAAUCACCGUCAGUCAGGAUAGAGGUGGCGAUUCCCUCGAAGAGGACCUUCGACCCGACAUCCUACCUCGAUACCACGGGAGUCGACGAGUUGCAGGAGCACACUCCCAAAUCUGCCGGCGUCGCCGCGGCACAGGCUUCGCAGCAGUCCCCUGCGACGCCAAAUCAACCCUCUUCAUCAUCUUUCAGCGUCGAGCUGCCUCCCGUGAGCAUAAAGAGGGAUGAGUACCUGCCGAUUGCCGAUGCGCCCGAUGCCUCGAUCCUCUCGACGCGGCGAACUGACGGUCAGAACCCCACCGACAGUCAAGGCUUCGCCGUCACAAGUCUUGACCAGCGCCAGAGAGGAGAGGCGUCCCUGGAUGCGCUCGACUCGCUCAUGCGCACCGUCUUCACCGCCGUCGGAGAUGCGCUGGCGCACCAACCUGGGUCGGAGCAUGUCGUGACGUUGACGACCGACCAGGAGCCCACCAUGACCGCCGCCAUGCAGCAGAAGAUGCAUGGCGCCAUCCAAAAGGUCAUCGGGCUCAAAUGCUUUCACUGCGUUCCGCUGGAAGGACUCGUCCAGGUCAUGAAGCUCAGCGAGGCCGGUCUGAAGCAAGUCGACGGGCUAGAAAUCCGCGCCGACGAAGGCUGGGACGAAGCCGCCGUCGAGACCUGGGUCCAACAGCUGCCCGAAGUCGAGACGGCCCUCAAGGCGGCGCGAACCUGCCUGCGCGUGCUCUCCGGCGGCCGGGAAGACAGGCAGCUGUAUUCCGAGGCGGUCAUCAACCGGUGCGUCUCCCUCUUCAAGUGCGUCACGGAAGACUUCAUCAUGCCGUUGGUCGAGCUGCGCAACUCGGGUCCGACCGCCGGCCUCUUCCGGAUGGUGCACAAGCACAAAAAGGUCGUCGCCUCCGUCUUUGUCUGCUGCCAAAAGUUCUCUUCCGUUCUUGCCGAGCUCGUCACGAGGAUCACGCUCUCCGAGUCGGUCAUCAACACGCUGGAGUUUAGCGCAUCCAAGCUCAUCUUUGUCGAGAAUGCCUAUUUCGAGAGAGACUCGGCCAUUGGCGUUCAGAGGUUUGACGGCAUCCGGUCGGCCGCCAUGGGCAUGCUCAGUCAGAUUUUCUUGAUCAGACCGGAGCAGAGGCAAGGCAUCAUCGACGACAUCUUGACUUCCCUCGAGAAGCUCCCUGUUGGAAAGCAGAGCUCUCGACAGUUCAAAUUAUCCGAUGGCGGUAGCAUCCAGCCCGUCUCCGCCCUCAUCAUGCGCUUGGUUCAAGCGAGCUCCGGCAGGGUCGACAGCAAUGACGCCGGCGGCCGCGAAGCCGUUCUCCGCAGCAUCGACGGCGAUGAGGAUGCCGAAGGCGAGGAGGUGCUAUCCCAGAAGCGAAUCCAGGCCAUCCCUACCAUUACGAGCGAGGAGCAGGGCGCGGAGCAGCACGCGGUUGCCAUCCAAGAGCUGGAAGCCGCCACGGCCCCCCUCAACGACUCGGCAAGCCGCAACGCGUCCUACGUCAUCAACUUCAUCGUCAAGCGUGCCAUCGGCUCCACAAAGUCUGGCGACACGCCCUACCGCAACCUCCUCGACCUCUUCGUCGAAGAUUUUACGACGUGCCUGGAUUUGCCGGAUUGGCCGUCGGCCGAGCUGCUCCUCCGCCUUUUGAUGGUCAUGAUGGUGCAGCUCUUCGAGGCGGGUAAAACCGCCGCACCAGCCAAGAACAUGGCGCUGGAACUGCUCGGCUCCAUGAGCGCUGCCAUCUCUCGCCUCCGAUCGCACGUGAAGCGAACGGCCACCAGCUCCCUCGAGGGAGGCGAAGCCGGCGGGCUGUCUCCAUACCUCUCCGACUUGGCAGCACAUGUCCUCGAGCAGAAGAGCCAGGUGGAGCAGAUGGUUGCGUGGUCCGGGCCGUAUCGCGCAACGUUGGAGUACCUUCAAGAUCGCUGCGUCGAGGAUCAUCAUCUGUCCAGCGCCGUCUCCUACCUCAUCACGGACUGGGCGAGCAAAAUCCACAGCGGUUACGACUCCAUCCAGGAGGACGACAGCGAGCGAGACCAGGAACUAGGUCGCUUGGCCUAUCGCCUCCGCAUGAUGGUCGACGACAGGAAGUGGCUCGCCAACGAGUACUCUUUCAAGGCCGUGACGGCGAGCCAGGCCAAGUUUGCCUUCUCCAUCCUCCUGCUGCGAUCGCCUCUCUGCGAGUCGUUUGGGAAAAUACUGGACAUUCUGCUGGGUUCCAUGGCGAGCGACCAGGCGACGGUUCGAAGCAAGAGCCUCAAGAGCAUCAACCAAGUUCUCGAGACGGACCCCUCCAUAUUGGACGGCGACUCGACGGUGAUCCAGCUCAUAUUGGAUUGUUCGAGUGACUCGUCGACACAAGUCAGAGACUCGGCCCUCGGCUUGUUGGGCAACUGCAUCGGCAUGCGACCGGCGCUGGAGCCGUCGUUGACGCCGAAGAUCAUCGACAGGUUUCAGGACGCCGGCGUCGGGGUGAGAAAGAGAGCGAUGAAGCUCGCUCGAGACAUCUACCUUCGCAAUCGAAACAAGGGCUUGCGAAGCGCCAUAGCCAGCGGCUUGCUCCGCCGCGUCCAGGAUCCGGACGAAGGCGUGCGCGAUCUUGCUAGGCAGAUGAUAGAAGAGAUCUGGUUCGCGCCCUUUUACUCCAACGAAAAUACCGCCGCCUUCGAGACGGCCCUCACGGAGCAUGUCUCCCUCAUCAUUCAGACGGUGAAGACGGGCACGGUGACGGAAAUCCUCGACAAGGUCUUCCAGACGAUACUGAGGCCCCAUAACAAGUCCCUGGAAGGACCGUUUGCCGUCUGCUCACGGCUGGUUGGCAUCAUGUUUGGGCUCAUAGAUGACCCAGACUCCGAAGACACGACGAUUCCCACCGGGCGCGAUGCGCUCCAAGUUCUCACCAUCUUCGCCAAGGCCGAUCCGAAGCUUUUCAAUUUCGAGCAGAUUCGGCUCCUCAAGCCGCAGUUGGCCAGCUUCACGGGCCGCGACGAGCUCUCGGCCUUCCGAGCCGUGACCAUCAUCUACAAGCGAGUGCUCCCUCAGCUGCCGGCGGUGCACUCCGAAUUCCUUGCCGAAGUUCGACUGCAGCUUCUGAAGAGCAUCGGCAAGAUUUCCUCCCGCGGAGCGUUGGACGACCUCAUCGCGUGCGCCCACACCGUCUGCGAACUCCUCAACGACUUCAACCCCUUGGCCAACCUCGUGGCUUCGAGCCUGAUGGGCACCCAGAAGUUGAGCAAGGUGCCGCUGGACGGCAAGCGGUUGAAUCAUCUCGCCGCGUACGCCAUCAUCGUGGGGAGUGUCGGGAAGCAUUGCGACCUGGACAAGCAGCUGCGCAUAUUCAAGGAAAAGUUUCCGCGAUGGCAGGGCGAUUCCGUUCCCCGGCUGAUCAUCGACAUCCUCUCGCCGUUCACGGUGCCCUCGCAGCCGCUGGAAGCUCGAAAGGCCGGCAUCGAGGCCAUCGGGCUCGUGUGCCAGUCGUGGCCUCGAAACUACGUGCUGGCCAAGGUCUACACGGCCUUCCAGCAGGUGUUCCAGGACCGAGUGCCGAUGCUGGAGACGAUGAUCCUCCGGUCCUUCAAGGAGUUUCUCCUGACGGAGGAAAGACGAUCGGAGGCGGGAGCCGACGGCGGCGAAGGCAAGAAGAAGGAGCUCACGGUGAUGGGCGGGACGUCGUUUGACGACGUCGCGAGCGCCACGACGCAGCGAUUCCUGGGAAACAUUACGAGAAUCGCGCUGGGAAGCCAAGACGAGCAUGCGUUCCUCGCCAUGGAAGUUCUGGGCAGCAUCAACCGGCAAGGGCUGACCCACCCGAAGGAGACGGGGGUGACGCUCAUCACGCUGGAGACGUCGGCCAACCGGAAGAUUGCCGAGCUCGCCUUCACGGAGCAUCGGUCGCUGCACGAGAAGCACGAGACUGUGCUGGAGCGGGAGUACAUCAAGGCGGUCCAGGCGGCGUACAACUACCAACGAGACGUCGUGAAGGACUCGCACGGCGCGACGACGGACCCGUUCCAGCCCAAGCUUCACCUGCUGAUGGAGGUGCUCAAGAUCAGCAAGAUGAAGAAUCGGCAGCGGUUCCUGGAGAAGCUGUGCAACCAGGUCGACUUCGACCUCGGCACGCUCGACAGCACGGGCGACGUGCCACCGCACAUGGAGUUCUCACGCUUCGUCGUCGAGAACUUGGCCUUUAUCGAGUAUCAGACGGUCGGCGAGCUGCAGACGGUCGUCGGCACCAUGGAAAAGAUCGUGGCAGGCACCGGCGCGACGGUGGCGCAGGCCAUCGAGUCGGACAUCUUUCACGUUCGCUUGGACCUGGACGAGCUGGACGACGGGCAGCCGGCGGCCUCGGGCGAGGCGACGGUGGCGGCCACGGUGGACGGCCAGCCCGGCCAUCGGCGGCUCGACGACUCCAGCGCGCAAAGGCUGCGGCAGCUCACGACGGCGUCGAUCGUCCUGCUCCUGCUGUGGGAGACGCGGACGCACAUCCGCAAGCUCUACGGCAUGGGCACGAGUCGGCACGACAGCAAGGCCAAGGCGCUCGCGAAGGACCUCAACAGGACGCCGACCAAGGUGCAGGGCGUGCACGGGGACAAGCUCUGGGACGAGCUGUCGUCCCACAUGAGCGGGCUGCGGAGCGAGGGGAGCAUGGGGCAGAAGUGCAAGGCGUUUGUCGAGCUCAUGAGCAUCGACAAGGAGUUCAAGGUGGCCGACGAGGACGAGGAGAUGGAGGCGUCGACGCCGAGCGGCGGGGAGGGCGACGACGACGCCGCGGAUCGAGGCAGGAAGAGGAAGGGCGGUGCCCCCCCUGGCGGUCGCAGGAAGCGCGCGCGGUCCGGCUCGCAGGCGCGUAAACGGGGACGGCCGCGCAAGCAGAGCGUGGACAUGAGCGAGGACGCCGAGCUCGACGGGGACUGGAUCUAA